CUUGUACUUUGGAACAAUUGACCAACCUUGCCACUUGCACAACCUACUAUCAAAGGUUAUGCAGUUCCUGAACACAAUCAUGGCAGAAUCACCGGGCCUCAUCACCAUUUGCCUUUUUGGAUAUCUACUCAGUGCUGAAUGCACAGUUUUUCUUGAUCAUGAAAAUGCCACCAAAAUUCUGAAUCGGGCAAAGAGGUACAACUCAGGUAAACUGGAAGAGUUUGUUUCAGGGAACCUUGAGAGAGAAUGUAUAGAAGAAAGGUGUAGUUUUGAAGAAGCUCGAGAAGUUUUUGAAAACACUGAAAAAACCACUGAAUUUUGGAAGCAGUAUGUUGAUGGAGAUCAGUGCGAGUCCAAUCCAUGUUUAAAUGGUGGCAGUUGCAAGGAUGACAUUAAUGCAUAUGAAUGUUGGUGUCAAUAUGGAUUUGAAGGAAAGAACUGUGAAUUAGAUUCAACUUGCAGCAUUAAGAAUGGCAGAUGUGAGCAGUUUUGUAGAAAGAGUCGUAAUAACAAGAUUAUCUGCUCCUGUACUGAGGGAUACCGACUUGCAGAAAACCAGAAGUCUUGUGAACCAGCAGUGCCAUUUCCAUGUGGAAGAGUUUCUGUUUCACAUGCUUCUAAGAAAAUCACCCGUGCUACGACAAUUUUUUCCAAUAUGGACUAUGAAAAUUUUACUGAAGCUGAAACCAUUUGGGAUAAUGUCACUCAAGAUGCCCAAUCAUCUGAUGACUUCACUCGGAUUGUUGGUGGAGAAAAUGCAAAACCGGGUCAAUUUCCAUGGCAGGUCCUUCUGAAUGGCAAAGUUGAGGCAUUCUGUGGAGGUUCUAUCAUUAAUGAAAAAUGGGUCGUAACUGCAGCCCACUGUAUCAAACCGGAUGAUAAUAUUACAGUUGUUGCAGGUGAAUAUAACAUUCAGGAGACUGAGAAUACAGAGCAAAAGCGAAAUGUGAUUCGAAUUAUUCCUUACCACAAAUACAAUGCAACUAUUAAUAAGUACAACCAUGACAUUGCUCUUCUGGAACUGGAUAAACCCUUAACACUAAACAGCUAUGUAACACCUAUUUGCAUUGCCAACAGAGAAUACACAAACAUCUUCCUCAACUUUGGAUCUGGCUAUGUGAGUGGCUGGGGCAGAGUCUUCAACAGAGGGAGACAAGCUUCAAUUCUUCAGUACCUUAAAGUUCCAUUUGUGGACCGAGCCACAUGCCUUCGGUCCACAAAAUUCACCAUCUAUAAUAACAUGUUCUGUGCUGGAUUCGAUGUGGGAGGUAAAGAUUCAUGUGAAGGAGAUAGUGGAGGGCCCCAUGUGACAGAAGUGGAAGGAACCAGUUUCUUAACUGGAAUUAUUAGCUGGGGUGAAGAAUGUGCAAUUAAAGGGAAAUAUGGAAUAUAUACCAGGGUAUCCUGGUAUGUCAACUGGAUUAAGGAAAAAACAAAGCUCACUUAAAGAAAAAUGUAUUUCCAAGAUUGAUUCAUUAGAAUUAAAAAUGGACAGGGCCUCUUAAUAACUAAUCACUUUCCCAUCCCAUCUCUUGUUAUAUACAUUCCACAGAUACUGCAUUUUUCUCUUUAUUGGGGAGAAUUUUGUCUGCGAUUCAGAUUUUACAAGAGUAAGUGAAUUAGAAAAUAUAAUCACUGGAUAAAUGUAAUGUGGUAGGAAAUCAUGACCAUUCCUACAAACCCGGCUCUUGACAAAAUUAUGACAUUCUCCACCCUGCUUGUCAAAUGCUAUAAUUCUCCACUGUGGCAACUCACCUGAUUCUCCCUUGGCAGCAGUUCAUGUUCCAAACCUUUCUUGCCCCACCCAGCAAAAUAAUCAAUAUUUAUUAGGUGUGGAUCCAGAAUCUUGUUCCAGUCCAUCAUAACGCUAGCACCACAUUCAUAAUGAAAGAGCAUAGGAGAAACUGACAGACAGAUUAACUCAUCAGAGACACCACUUAUUUUCCUUUAACAUUAUUCCUGAACCCUUUAUCUUUUACAACUCUCAGUCCCCAAAUCAAUUUUUCUAUUUCUCACUCUCUUUCUCCAUUUUUCUCCUUACAGCCAUUAAAGCAGAAAAGGGGGCUUUUUUUUUAACUGCUGUACACAAAUAUAUGAGUCUAUCAGACCCAGGCUUGCUUUCAGUUUGGUCGCAGACUUGCUUUUCCAAAUGUAGGGAUGAAGUAAGGUGCCUGAAGAACAUGGGGAAAAGUUUCUUUCACAAACUUAUUGAUGUAAGUAAAUGUUGGAAGCAAUAAAUAAUCAAAAUUAGUUCCCUGAGAGCUUGUAAUUGGACAGUUAUGGAAGUUUGAUUGGGGUGGUUCCAUGAAAACAAGACUGGCAUUUCAUUAUAACUCAAAAAACUGACAUUAACCCAGAUAUAUUGAUCUCUGUGUGAAAAAAGAAAAGAAUGCUAACACAAAGAAGAGAACAGUCAAUGUGCAAUUUAGAACUUGUAGAGUGUUCAAAGAAGAAUCCAACAGUGUGCCUCCAGCAUUGCCCAGGGCCAAGUGAGAAGUUGCCUAGACCAGAGGAUGGGAAAACCAUGUCUCCUGGACUAGUAUAUCCCUUCAGUGGAGAAGUAUGCAGCAGGAUCCAAGUCAUGAAUCGUUCUAAUCAGCCAACUAACUCCCUCCUUUCUGGUUUCACGCUCAUCAAAGAACAUUUUGAUCACAAUUAAUCCUUCUGUAUUGAAUUCUCCUGCUACUCUCCUGACAUCCUCAAACAGUCCUCAAUCUUGCUUAUUUCUUUGAAGUUCUGCUGGUUAAAACAUUUUCACUUAAGUCUUUCAAGCAUAAGUAUCAAUAAAUAUAUUCUUAAA